AAUCAGAGGACUGGAAAGUGGGGAGUUGAAAUUGACUGAAAUGUAAAAGUAUAUGGUAUUAACUGUGCUGUUGGUCUUGAUUUCGGUUUCGCAAACAUUGGUUUAGACACAUUACCAACAGCGGUUAGAUCAUUGGAGAAAAUCACUGGGGAGUUUUAAUUGCUGCGGUGGAAUGCUUGUUAUUUUAGUUACAAGGAUGGCACUGACAUCAUUUUGAUAUUUCAAUUCGCGUAAUGAGAAAGGAAAGAGAAAGGUGUUUUGAGCAAAUGAGAGACAAAUCAAACACCUGUCCAAGUUUCACCUGAGAUUAUGAUUAAAACGCGAGAAAGAAAUUGCUGAAAUUAGACUGUUCUCCAGAAUUCAGACAUUUCAGGGUUACAGGAUAUGCGUAAUACCCGGCUCAAUCAUGUAUUAUGAGUGUGCCAUUAUAUCUACAGGAUUCCCGAAGGUUUUGAGCUAAUUUGUGGAUUCAUACGCAGAUCAGUAACUGAUUGAUGGAAUCCGACGGGGCAUGGUAGAUAAACAAUCCAAACAUUUUCUUGUAAAAGAGAUAUCUUCACUUCAUAGCACUCCGGUGACUUUUCGACUCCCGGGACUGGCUAUCUGGAACAAUUUUCGAAAUCUGAAGGUCCUUAAGAUGGAUCUUAGUUAAGCUUAAAAAUUGGAUUCGAAAAGCUGUGUCUAAGUUGUAACGAGGAAGUUUCGAUGAAGUGAAGCAGGGAAAAGUGAUAAUUUCGGAUUACUGCAAAAGUUGAUUUGCUAUACAGGUAUAUCGCCUUGAAUAACACUGCUGAAAAAUAAACACCAGAUAAACAAAAAAUCUCAACAAGUUGAGGUGUCUGACAUUGGAAUUCUCGCCAGUAUCGAACUACCAUAUGUAUAACUAUGUUGGAAUGACUUUUGCAAAAGUAGAUGUUCAAAGCGAUUAAACAAUGUGACGUAAAGGAUGGAUAAAGAGUAAAGCAAACUUCAUUACAUGUUCGGAAUAAAGGCGUAUAAGAAGAACUUGACCUUGUUGGUGAUUAAGUUCAAGGUUUAAUGCAACUGAUGCAGACUUUGUUUUUAAAUUGGCCGGGAUUGAUCCAUUAGAGGAAGCUGAUACCAGGAUUACAAUACGCUAAUGUUGUUAUUUUGAAGUUUGGCAAGCAAAAGUCAUUCAAAGGGAAAUUAUAUUGAAUUUAUACAAGGAAAUGUAAAAGUGGAUUAAAAUUGCAAAGUGAGUUGCCAGUGGGGAUAUAAUACAAGUUCUGUGUUUAAAUGGCAAAGAUGUUCUUUAGAGAAAUCAUGCAGGAUAGUAAACAGAAGCCUUCCAACCCGGAUCUGAAGAAGUUUAAAACUUCGACAGGGUCGCCGAUAUUAUACACGAGGUUCCGGAAACACCGAGGGAUAUAUUAUCCCUUGGCUAAACAUUACCAGGGCUCGAAGACAAAACCCAAACAAAAUCACAAGCAUGCUUGUGUGAUUUAUUCGAAGACCUAUGGAAGAGAAAUGUAUGGUAACAUUGACAUUUGGCCAGAAGACGAACAUGCAAAGGAAAAACUUCUUCAGAAACUUCAAGCAUUGUCUAUGGAAGAGGAGGAAGAAGAAAAUGAUGUUGGAAUUGAUAUCCCAAGAGCUUUGGACGAGAUGAAUGAAAAUAAGGUGUUGGAACACAAAUACGGCACAGAGCAUGGGACACGCACGAAAUCCCCGAACGGAACCCGUCACGUGACCAUAGUUGUCACUGAUGCCUCUGAGGAGGAAGGGGAGGAAGACGAGGAGGAGGAAAGAACAUACCCUACUUCCGGGGAACACAGUCCAAUUCCGGAUCCGGACCGACCGGACACUCCUGCUGGGGAAGAGGGGUCAUGGCCUCUGAAACGAUCUCAAAGCAUUGACAGCCGAGACAACCCGUUCCUCCCCGGGGGUAACCUUAGCAAAGAAGCAGACGAUAUAUUGUCGAAAGCAACCAUAGUGCGUGAUACAUUCAUUCUCAAAGGCGAGAGCUCGGCUCAGCCCCGGCAGGACAACUCGCGUCGAGAUGAGUCAAAUCAGCCAAGCGAUUCCUUUCCACGGGAAAAUAGCGGGCGCCAAAAUGGCAACCAUUGUGUUUCACAGAGUCCCGUCAGUGAACAUAUGACACAAAAUGAAAUUGUGAAAACUGAAUGUGCUAUGGUACAAAAUGAUGUAGCUCCUUCACCCACUAAAACGAGACCUAAGGAGAAUGGACAAGUUGACAGUGAAAAUUCACUUACCCCCGGUAGCGCAACAAAAGACAUACCAGACGACAAUAAGGAUAAGAAGAAACAAAAGAAAUGCUGCAUAAUUAUGUAGCAGCAGAAUUUGUAAAUAAUUGUAAAAAGAUUUUAUUUAUGAAAUACUAUAUUUAUAAUUUAUUCAUCGGAGAGCUUUCAUUGUUUUUUCUGGGCAGAUGAGGAGGAAGAAGGAGCACGUGGUAUUUCUGAUGACCGGGCAUACCUUUAAUAGGGUGUGUUUGAACGACUCUGUGUGAUUUUUAGCAAGCAGGGCUAUCCAUCUUGAUUAAGUACUGUGUGUUAUAAUGAGUGUGUGAGUUCAACGUUGCUACGAAUUAUAUGCCAGCUAGCGUUAGAAAAAGCCAGAACGUUGUGAUAUAAGUCGUUAAGUCAACAGUGUAGCACACUAUCACAUGGAACUUGAGCAAAUGCAUUUUACAGUAUUGUGUGAAUUACGUUUGUUUGAUCUACGUAAACACAAGACAUAAGCGAGAAUACACAAAGAAAAGGUGCUGCAAAUAACAGUAAUAUACAUGUUCAUGUGUGAAAAUAUUGGAUGGAAAUAAUGUGAUGUGAUAUUGUAAUAAAUAUUUCUUCCAUGAUGAAGUUUAAAUAAAAUUAAAGCAAUGAAAUAAAACUAACCAAGUUAAAUGUACCAAAAACGUAUUUAUCUUUUUCGCAAAAAAGGAAUACAAAGUGUUUCGACGUGUGUGCCUUUUAAGUUCUGAAUGAGUAUACGGGUUGCUUUGUUAUUGCAGCUUUGAGGGUGGAAGGCGUAAGACGUAAUCUUUCAAGAUAUGUAUAAUGAUAUGCACAUUAUAAUGCAACACUGAGUAAUGUGGAGAUUUUGUAGAAAUUCAUCUAACCAAAUUUAUACACCAGCUUAAAAACAUGCUUAUAAAGUACAUAUACAUGCAUAGUGUUAAGUACUUUUUCGUUCUGUACAGUUUCAAACAAAACAUGAAAUCACGAGCAUAUACAAAACGCAAGGAAUAAAUGGGAUACUAUCAGUGGCAUGGAACAAACCUUUCUUUGGAUUUAACCUACAAUGCAAUACAUUUAUACAUGCUCAAACGAUCAAUGAUGCUGUGGUGUGGAUACAGAAACGGACUUGGAAUUAUAUAACUUUAAUACGCAAUAAAUCAUCGCUGCCAUAGAUAUAAAAGCUUCAGUGAUGAUGGUUCGUGAAAUGGUUAUUGUAAGGGUAUUGCCCAAACAAAACCGGACAAAAGACAUAAGAUAUUGAUAAAAGCCCAGGUUUAUAUCUCAUAUGUGCUUGAUAUUAAAACGUAAUAUUUAUUAUUAUGAUAUUUGUUUUAAUAAUAAUGCUACAGUCUUACAUUGCUUUCAGUGCUUUGAUUUGUGAGUAGGAUUUGUACUCUCAUUAAAUAUUUCACCGUUUCAUCAACGUGACUUUGUGAGUGUCUAUCUUACUACAAGAAACAUUAAUUUAAAAGAAAAUUCAAAUAAAACAAGAACAAGAGAGACGCAGAGCAAACGCCUAAGCCCGUCUGUUUUGUGUUUUUAUUCAAAUCUAAAAAGGGCGCUUAUCUCAGUAUUUUUUACGCAAGGGUAAUGGGCCUUCCUAUACACGUGUAUAUUGUCUUUUGCAACAUGCGACACCAACGCCACCACAAAACCCCAACAGACGAACUGAUAACACUUUAUCAUAAUUCAUAAAAUAAACAAGAUUCAAAAUUUCUCCAACAAGCUAGGUUAUCCACCUCUAACACUUGUUAUGAGAGGGGAAAAUGUUACGGUAGGAAUGUAUGUACUGAGGCACAAAUUCUUGGCAAUCUUCCAGGAUAGCUGCAAAUUGUCUGGAAAUACAAACUUGUAGCUGAAGGCCAUUGGAAAUAAUGCUGUUGUUCGAUGAACGAUUGUACCGAACAGUUCAUUACAAGCUCUCGUUGUGUACACGUUCUAAUUAAUAAAAUAUUAGUAUUUAGGCCUGUUAAUCAUCCCUUUCUUACUUUUUGUACGGUAAGCUUUAUAGGGGUUCCACAUAAGGGAGGCCGCAUAGGUGUCUCAAAUGAAAGAAGGCUAUGUGUGUCAAAUAAAAGAAAUAUAAUAAAGCCCUAUUUGAAAUUCAUUAUCAUGAAUUAAUUACAGUCAAACCCCUUUGGCUCGAAUUCGUUUGGCUCGAUUUCCUAGUUGGCUCGAACUUAAUGUAAAGGACCGAUUCUCGCUUGGCUCGAACAUUCCGAGGCUCGAGUUAUUUUGGCCGGUCCCUGAGAGUUGGAGCUAACGGGGUAACGACUGUACAUAUUUACUCGCGGUGAACACAAUAACAACAUUCUACACUUUCGAAAGUUUUUUUAUUUGAAAGUCCAUUGUUCUUUUAAUAUAGGUCUAUGUUAUCAAUCAGUAGCAUUAAAUGCUGUUUAUACAAAAUUGCAACUUCCAUUGUCAGUGCUAUCAGUACCUUUGCCAUGAAAAACCAUUGAAGAAAUACAUACAAAAUUCAUCUGUGCUUCGGUUCAGGUUGUUGACUUUAUUGCAGAUGAAACACAUAUGCGCUAUUUAUACAUUGUACCAUUGUGCUAUCAUAAAAACGCUAUAAAUGUGUUUGGUAUAAUGUUUUUGACAUGUUGUGGAGAUUAACAGAACAUAUUACUUUCUUUUCCAUUGACAUUUAAACUAACUGCCAUUCAAAGCUGCACUCUCAAAGAUUGACUGUUUUGACAGCUUUUGUUUUCGGCCGUUUUUCGAACAAUUAAUAUCUGUUGAAUGGUGAGUUAUCUUAUAUGACCGAAUCCAAAGCAUUGAUGACAAAAUCAGCUGAUUCUGAGGCAAAAUAAUUUUUCAAAAAUUGUCAAAAGUGUCAAUCUGUGAGAGUGCAGCUUUAAUGGCGAAACGACUCUAUGUUUGAACUUAAAUGUCUCAAUGUUAUAUAACAAUGAUUUACAUUACUAUUUUUAUAUGCAUAUUUUCGAUGUUUGAAAACAAAGUUAAAAUAUCGUGGUACUCACUCAGUUAUGUAAAUAUAGUGCACAUGCUCGUCUUAAUCAAAAUAGUUCAUUAGAGUAUACAACCAAUGAAAUUUGGGACACGCAAUCAUUAAGUUCUAGGAUUUCAACUGCCAUAACAUCUUAAUCAUUAAGAUUUUACUUCAUGUCAUCUAACAAUAACAUAAUUUAGUUUAACUUAAUUUAUUUAGAACUGGUAAAAUUUCAGUGAGAUUGCUCUCUAUAUAGAUAUACAGCUAAUGCACAUAUUACUAUCAUUGGAGAGUUAUAUUCAUUUAGAAUACAAGCCAAUAAAUUUGAACAAUGGCAAUCAUAAAGUAGAACGCUUAAUCAUUAAGAAUUUCAACUUCCGCGGCGAUUGAAAGGUACGCCUACUGCCACUCAUUCUUAAUUAUUAAGAAUUUACUUCAUUUAGUAGUUCUAUUACUAACAUCAAUGAACCAGUUCUUUUCCAAAUGCCUUUAUAAGAUAAGUUAUAUUUUAAUAAUUGAUAGUGUUAUUUUCCUAUAUAGUAUGGCGUUGGGGCAAUGAAUAACUUGGAUGACGAUAUUGGAUUUAAAAACGAUACAAAAAAUAAGCUCAUACACGUCAAAUGCAUUAUACCUUUCUGUUGCAUGUUCCUAUUUGUAUGUACAGUCCAAUUGAUUUGGUUACUUGAGCCAAGACUAACGUUAGGCUAACUUAAAUGCUAUACAACUGUGUGUUGUUGUUUUUUAACAUUACGCGCAUUGGCUUAUCAGUCAUUGGUGUUGGUACGAUAUUUAAUCACAUCAUCACCUCAGAAUCGAUCGGUUGACGACGGCCAAUUGAAGUUUAACAAUUGUUUAUUUUAGUAUCGGUUUAUAUUUUCAUUACACUGGAAAUUAACCUUCUUUACUAUACCAUAAAAGACCAUUCGUUCAACAUUGUAUAAAGAGAAAUUUAAAUGCCACAAAUGCAUCAUGAAAUAACAUUACUCCACCCCUACAGGUCAAAUUGGUAGGGUUGUGUUAAAUAUAUUUUAUUCCAUGUUUUUCAUUCCUUUCCAUCCAUCUGUCACAUGUUUUCGCGACAUCUGUCCAUAAAGCAUGCUUUUAAUAUUAAUAAACAAUGAGUCAUGUAUAAUGUAUAUGUACGGCUUGUCUUGGGGUUUUUGCCCAUAGGUGGCAGUGUCGGUCAGGGAUAGGGAUUCUUUUAUACUUAUUAUGUAUAUGAUUAUAAAAAUAUAUGUUUCCCAUCAUCCUUUGUCCGAUACUACCACGUGCUAUGUCGUAUCGGUCAAAACUGGUAUAAUAAAACAAAUCCCUUGACCGAUUCUGCCAUCAAUGCUUUUACUUCCAUUGAAGCAAAGUCACACGGACAUUAACGUUCAUUUGUUUUCGGCUUGCCCGUUUAUAUUCUACGAUUUACUGGGACAGCCCUCGUACAACCUACAUUCAAACCAUAAUUACUAUUCAUUAUAUGUACUAUCGACAUGUAUAUAUAUAUAUACACCAAUUUGUGGGCGCAAUUUAAGUGUCUGCUUAAUUAAAGAUGUAAACUAUUUCAAAACGUACACAGACCUGUGUCUUAUGAAAUAUAUGUUCAUUCAAAAAUUGUUCAUGUUAUUUUAAAUGACUUAUCUCUAGUAAAAUAAAAAGUUAAAGCAUA